UCAAUUUUACAAGUACCAGGCUAGCAUAAGAAUGGCGGAGAAGAAGAACGAAUACCCAGCCAGUGUGGAGGCGGACAGGCGCCUGUUGCCUUUCGAGUCGUGGGAAGAUUAUUUAGAUUCACUCAUUGAGAUUGCUGACCUGCGAAAUCUCAGGAGCAUCGGCUCUGCUCGAACUAUUGCCGCGUUUGGUUAUAGAGCCAACGGAGACACAUUACAAGAGAAAGAAUUCUACAAGCGGCGCAAGGUAAUCCACAGUAUAGUGUUCCCGGUGGUCCAGCCGUACGUGCUGGUCAGCGAGGGAGCAGACCUGGAGGACCCUUUUAAUCGGGAACUAGCUGUCAGGGAACGGGCAAAUAGAGUCGGCAUAUUGCAAUCGAUAAUUUUCAUUCGCCACUUCACUAAGGGUGGUUUCGAAAUAUCCGGCUACAUAGAUUACGCGCAUCGGUUGAUCUCUGAGAAUUGGGGGCCGUUUUUCAAAAGCAACAAAAUGCUGUGGCCAAGGGACAGUGACCUCGGGUACUAUCAUUGGAGGCAUGGAACAGUGAGGAGCAAUAUUAGCAGGAAUUAUAAGCCCGUAAUGGACCCAGAUCGCGGCCUCCUGUUCCAAAACCGGCACGACCAUAAAAUAAUCUGUCCCGAUCCUCAACAAGACCCAGGUCAAAAUACAACGAAACAGCGCAUAUAUUCUCCGAGAUACACGCAAAUUGAACUAUAUGACCAUGUAGUGAGAAGAAAGAGCUGAUAAAAAUCUCACAAUUAUUGAUGAGUAUGGAACAGGAUAGAUAAUGUUGCUAA